AUGCCCCGCCAAUCCCGUGGUCCCUCGGCCUCCGCUCCAAAGCGACCCCAAGCACCACCCACCCGCGCCGCCGCCCCCCUCCCCCAACAACCCUCCCAAGCCCGCCAAGCCUCCACCGUUGCCCGUCCCGCUCCAGGUACAGCCGCAAAUGCAUCGCCCGCUCAAGCCGCGUCCGGAGGCCAGUCGAUGUUCGGGACUAUGGCUAGUACUGCUGCUGGCGCGGUAGUAGGUACCUCCAUCGGCCACGCCAUCGGCGGCUUCUUCGGCGGCGGCAGCUCGCACUCCCAAGAAGCUGCACCCGUCGCCGACGCCUCAUCCCCACUCGCUCAGACCGAGCAAGGACAGUACGCGAUGAACCAAACCUACGACGCGCCCAAAGCCUGCGGUUUCGAAGUCAACUCCUUCAGGAAGUGCAUGGACGAUAACCGAGGGGAUCUGACGAUUUGCGGCUGGUAUCUGGAUCAGUUGAAGGCGUGUCAGAGUACGGCUAGUCAGUACUAA